CUUGUCCUCUUCAUCUUCCCGGUUGGUACCCAGAGACCAGAGAGUACUGUGUGCUCUUGUUGGUGGUGCAAGCCAGCUUAGCUUCUUGCUUGGUGUGUCUCUGUGAGCAUAAUCGGUGAAGCCCACUUUCCUCUUCUUCAUAGUUCUCUAGAUCUGCUGUUUUCCUAUUGAAUAUUUGGUUAGUCAAAUGGACUAUGAUUCAGAAGAAGACUCAGAUAUCAGUGAAUCUGAGAUUGAUGAGUACAAAGAGAAACCAUAUGAACAACUGAAGGCUGGAAAGCUCAAAGUAAAGUAUUCAGAUGUUGCCUUUAGAUGCCCCUUCUGUACAGGGAAGAAAAAACAAGAUUAUCGUUUCAAGGACCUACUCCAACAUGCUUCUGGAGUAGGUAAAGGUUCAUCUAAUAGAAGUGCAAAGCAAAAGGCAAACCAUCUCGCCUUAGCCAAGUACUUAGAAACAGACCUGGCUGAUGCAUCGGGUCCAUUACAACCUGUGGUUGUGCAGGAGCCAGAUGCUAAGUCCACUGAGCAAGAUGACCUGUUUGUUUGGCCUUGGAAAGGAAUCAUUGUUAACCUUUCCUCCAAGCUGAAGAAUGGCGAAGGCCCUAGUACGUAUGCAUCUUGGAUUGAAGAAGAACUUUCUGAAUAUAGAAUUUUAGAAGUUCAUACAUUAGGGACAGAACAAGACUCUACAGUAUAUGCUAUUGUAGACUUCAGUAAAGGCUGGCCCGGAUUCAAGGAUGCUAUGGAAUUCGAGAAAGCUUUUGAAGCUAAUCAUCAUGGGAAAAAGGACUGGAAUGAACAGAGGAAAGACCUUGAUCUAAACAUUUAUGGUUGGUUUGCACGUGCAGAUGAUUAUAAUUCAGAAGGCCCAGUUGGAGAUUACCUUCGAGAGAAUGGAGACUUGAAAACCAUUGCUGACAUUGCACAAGAAGCAAUAGAGCAAACAAACAAUGUUGUGGCAAACCUAACUAACGAAAUUGAUGUCACAAAUGAAAAUAUAGAUGAACUACAAUAUAAGUGCAAUGAGCAGAGUAUGUCUUUAAGUAGGACAAUAGAAGAGAAGGAGAGGCUACAUCAAGCUUACAAUGAAGAAAUGAGGAGGCUGCAACGCAUGUCACGUGAUCAUGCUCUUAGGAUUCUUGAGGAGAAUGAAAUGCUAAGAUAUCAGUUGGAUUCUCAAAAAAAGAAACUUGAAUUGCGGAGCAAACAACUGAACAAACAAGAAUCCCUAAAUGAACUUGAGAGAAGCAAACUCAAUGACGAGAUUGAGAAGAAUAUUUUGAAAAACAAUUCACUUAACAUGGCAUCCAUGGAGCAGCAAAGGGCUGAUGAGAAUGUCUUGAGAUUGAUUGAGGAGCAAAAGAGGGAGAAAGAAGCAGCUUUGAGUAAGAUACUUGAGCUGGAGAAGCAGUUGGAUGCCAAACAGAAACUGGAGUUAGAAAUUGAGGAGUUGAAAGGGAAUUUAGAGGUGAUGAAACACAUGGCGGGUGACGAUGAUACAGGAGUUCAGAAGAAGAUGAUAGAGAUGACCCAAGAAUUGAAUGAAAAGAUAGGAGAUUUGAAUGAUAUGGAAGAUAUGCAUCAAACACUCGUAGUCAAAGAGCGCCAGAGUAAUGAUGAGCUGCAAGAGGCUCGUAACGAAUUGAUUGAAGGUUUGCAGGAGAUGUUGAGUGGGAAAACUUUGAUUGGAAUCAAGAAAAUGGGGGAACUCGAUGCAAAGCCAUUUCAAAAUGCAUGCAAGCAAAGAUUUCCACCAGGAGAAGCAUCUGUUAAAUCUGUUGAACUUUGCAGCUUAUGGCAAGAAGAAAUCAGAAAUUCAGGAUGGUAUCCAUUUAAGAUUGUCAUUGCCAACGGUAGAGAGAAAGACACAGUAGAUGAAGACGAUGAGAUGUUAAAAAAUCUAAGGAAAGAUUGGGGUGAUGAGAUUCAUACUGCUGUUGUUAAUGCCUUGCUAGAGAUCAAUGAGUACAAUCCCAGUGGAAGGUAUCCUGUACAUGAGCUUUGGAACUUUAAAGAAGAGAGGAAAGCCACAUUAAAGGAGGUUGUCAGUUAUAUAUUGAAGCAAUUGAGGAUGGUGAAGCGCAAAAAAUGAUCAGGCGAAGUUUAGUACUUAAAAGUUGUGUACUUCAUAUGUACUCGCAUCAACUGCUUGAGUGUUUUACUGAUGCUGUACUUAGUGUGGAUUUCUAGUUAUCAGCUGUUGUCAUCUCAGCAGCUCAUUUGUGUACUAGUACAACCAUAUGCAUUUGAAUUACACGAAAAUUGUGGAAAUUCUUCCAUAAAUGUAACUUUGGUGGAGAUAUCAUUCCUAUUUUUAAGCAGAUGACUAUAUGAUUGAGACCCAAA